AUGACUUAUCUUGUGUCUUUAUUUCUAUUGGGGUUGGUUUUGGGUCUUGUAGCUGUUGCAUCAAAUCCUGCUCCCUACUUUGCUGCCCUGGGGUUGGUAGUGGCAGCGGGCGUGGGUUGUGGUGUUUUGGUGGGGCAUGGGGGGUCGUUCUUGUCUUUAGUACUAUUCUUGAUUUACUUGGGGGGGAUACUUGUAGUGUUUGCUUACUCAGCUGCUUUAGCUGCCGAGCCGUUCCCUGAGUCUUGGGGUGAUCGUUCAGUUUUAGGUUAUGUGGUGGCUUAUGUGGUGGGGGUGGCUCUGGUGGCGGGUUGAUUUUGGGGUGGGUGAUACGAGACUUCAUGAGUUGCGGUGGAUGAGUUUAAGGAGUUUUCUGUUGUGCGAGGGGAUACAAGCGGGGUGGCCCUAAUAUACUCUUCCGGUGGGGGGUUGUUGGUGGUGUGUGCAUGGGUUCUCUUGCUAACACUAUUUGUGGUACUAGAGUUGACUCGGGGUCUCAGUCGGGGAGCCCUUCGGGCAGUUUAG